AUGGAGUCGCUCGAAAACUGUGUCGACGGAAAAUUGCAGCGCAACAAAAUUUUUGCCGCAAAGAACCGCCCCGUAAUCAAGAUUCGGGUGGGCUUCGUGCUUACCGCGAGCUUUGCUGCCCGAAUUUGCAGGUCUCCACGCCGAAGCGUCCUCGUCCUGAUGACUGGCACCGUAGCGGAAAAUGCGGACGCAGCGGCGGACGCUCUCUACCAAGAAUUUCUGUUAAACAUGGAGUAUCUCCAACAACAGGAGCUAACUGAUGAAGAGAAAGCAGACCGGCGUACAAAUGCGAUAAUGCGUUUUAAUUUGAAGGGCCUGUUCAUGGCUGCGAGGAACGAAGGCCAACGUGCGCGACUUGAUGCUCUGUUCGCUAAUCAGCAUGUUCUGAACCGCUUCUGGGUAUUAGGAGCUGAAUAUUCUUUCAAAUGUCUGACCCUUGUCUUUAUGAAGGUGGUCGUCGGAGAACCGCUGGUUGUGAGGCAGCAAGAGGAGUUCGAGGAACUGGCAUCGGAGUACAACGAGGAUGACAAUGCAGGCAGUCUGCAGCAACCUGAUGAAGAACAACCGCCCUCCGUUGAACCAUCGGCCGGGGGAAAUGGUGGCAUACCCUUCAAGGCCGGCUCGAACCGAGAUACCGUGGGGAUUAUGGUUUGGCCCGAAGUUUUCUGGCGCGAGCUGAAAGGAGAACAGGAACGGAUCCUGGCAAAAACCGAACACAACCGAGAGCGAUUUGUGAAUGAGGCACUGGCUGACGCUGUGAAUACAAGUCUCGCGUUGUAUGAAAGGGAAAUGAAGCCAAGUAUCCAAGAAAAACUCUCCGGGAGCAUGACGAUGCAAGCAAUCGAGACCAAAAGUGUUACGGCGGAAUGCAAUGCACUAGACGCCUUUGAUGAACAGACUUCCGCCUUCCAUGCUCAGCGCGAUGCGAUCAACCACAGACGCAGCCUCCUUGUCUCGAAAAUUCGGGCCCGGUUCGCCGACCUUCGCGGUGAUAAUGCUAACGCCGAGGCCGAUGAAAAAAUGAGAAUGAUGUUUUCUGAACUACAAAGUGAAUACGCUACGCAGCUAAAAGCGCGAGAACCGGGUCUCACUUCUGAAGAAGACCUUGAGCGAGUCAUUAGUCAGAUGGAGCCAAUCCUUCGAGACGACUACAUGGCUCGCAAAGAAAGCGCGCUGCUUGUGAUCGAAGAGACUCUCGCACCUGACGAUAUUUCAGUGAUUGGCGACGUGUUUGAUAUGCAUUAUGAUGGACUUGGCCCGAUUUUUAGGGAGAUCGAAGAAGCAUUUCGCGAUAGGGCUCGGAAGAACAUUGCCAUCCAGAAGAUCAAAGACAAAGUUCUAUCGCAAGAGAAGAAACACAAGAAAUAUCGACGAAAGAUGGACAACAAGCUCGCAGAACAAAAGCAAAACGCUGAUAUCUGGACGAUGAUAGGCAGACUCCAUCUUCUUGAUAUGGAAUUGAGACACCAGAAGCGCAUCAUCAGCAUAAUGGGUCCCGCAAGAACUGGAAAGAGCUUUCUUCUCGCCUACUUGGCUAAGCAGUUCAGCGAUCAGAAUGGGAAAGUACUCCGGGGCAAUUACCGAACAGGGGACGUUAGGCAUACAGAAGGGAUAUUGAUCCGCAGCCAACCGAUACGCGGCAAGAAUGUCAUCAACGUGCAAAGACAGAUUGGCGGCGAUCUGCUCCGUGACCUGCAUUUGUUUACGGAUAUCGCUGGAACAUUUCCGGAUGCCAAAUUUCCAAAGGGUGACUACGAGCACGCAAGUGAUCUUAGGGAGAUAUCUUCCGGGCUGCGAGAAAAAUUUCCAAAUAGAACUUCCUGCAUUUGCGUUCCUUGCGUCACAGAACGGGUGGGCACCGCCACUGGAGAAGUCGAGCUCACCGAAGCUGAGCGGCCAAUGCUCGACAAAUUUGACUGCCUCCUCAGUCACCUUGACAGAGACGAAAUCGACUCAUCGCAUGAAAGGGACCUGAUCAAAUUGGGAAUGCGGAUCGCAGAUUUUUUGAACACAGAUGCACCGCAAAUCCCGGACUCUACGGUUCAAAACAAAGAACUGGCGCUGCUUCUGAAAAUUCGGGAUGAGACGGUGGUUGUCGCUGGAAUGGAGGAGUUGUCAGAAGACCGGCAACGAAAACUCAGGGCUGCGGUUACGGACCUCAUUGAAAACCGAUUGGCCCAGGUCCGUAUCAACGAAAUGAAAUUGCUUUUGAACAAGAUAUGGAACAAAUACAGCAGCUGCCCAGAGCAGGGUGAUAUUGGCGAAAAACAAGGAGAGGCAUUGGAAGAAUUGCGUUCUAAGCUAUCCAAAAUGGGGUUUUCAAACGGAGAGAAAAUGACGAUCUUAGAGGAAAUGCGAAAUCGACUAGAGAGCGUGGGCAGCGGACGUCAGCAAAAGGCAAUCGAGCUCGCGUCGGUGCGAGGUUCCGAGGUAGCUUAUUUGCUCAUG